AAGUUUCUUCGGCUGGUUAUUUUCUUGCUCAUUAUGCUUAAAUAUGAGAUUAUAUUAGGCAUGCAAGUUUUUUUUUUUUCUUUUUAUUUUAUAAGUACAUGAUCAUGUGCAUGUCAUUCUUUCCAUUCUUUGAGUUUUUAGUGGCAGCUGUAUUUGAUGGAUCCUUCUACUAUAGGAAGGUUCGCCGGAAAAAUAUAGGCAAAAAAAAAAUAUAUGUAUAUGUAUAUUAUGUAUUGACUACUGAAUUUCCUGGUAGGUUUACUUUUAUAUAUUUUGACACCAGUUAACGAAAAUUCUGGCUCCGUCACAUCUUCUAGUAUCCGUAUUAAAUGAGUGAUAUGAAGAAUUGGUGAAAAACUGCAGCACCGAAUAGGUUAUUUACACACCGUAAUGGAUAGAUACAUGUGAACUAGUAUAUGUAACAUAAAAUGGUAGUCAUAUUGUUUUUUUGAUCAUUGUGAAUCGUUAUAUUCAUUUUAAUUCUAUUUUGAAUCUUUGUUUAUUUUUCUGAUAAUCAGCUAUAGUUUCUCUUGAACUCUGCUUUGUGUGAUAUAAUUAUCCGCUACAUUUCUGCUAGUAUGUAAAUGAUAUCAGGUCGACACAGGACGUGAUCACUUAUGAUCAGCUAAUGUUUGCUUUGGGUUGAAAAAAGUGGAUAAUUACUGCAUCUAGAUUCUUUAAUGAGCUGCACAUAUGACUCAAUUAUGCAGAUAUAGUGGCAUACCUGAAUGGCUUCAGGUUCGAUUUAUUAUGGGAUUUGAUGAAAGUCAGCAGACGGAUCCAUUGGUUGUGAUACGCAAUGGGAAGGAAAUCAUAUUGCAGGCCUUCAACUGGGAAUCUCAUAAACAUGACUGGUGGAGAAAUUUAGAUAGAAAAGUUCCUGAUAUUGCAAAUUCUGGCUUCACAACAGCAUGGAUGCCUCCAGCAAGUCAGUCAUUGUCUCCUGAAGGUUACCUUCCACAGAACCUUUAUUCUCUCAAUUCUUCAUAUGGUUCUGAGCAUGUCUUAAAAGCUUUAAUUAACAAGAUGAAGCAGUACAAAGUUAGAGCAAUGGCGGACAUAGUCAUUAACCAUCGUGUUGGGACUACCCAAGGGCACGGCGGAAUGUACAACCGCUAUGAUGGAAUUCCUUUGCCUUGGAAUGAACAUGCUGUUACAUCUUGCACUGGUGGCCGGGGUAACAAAAGCACUGGAGACAACUUUAAUGGAGUUCCAAAUAUAGAUCAUACACAAUCCUUUGUCCGAAGAGAUCUCACUGACUGGAUGCGGUGGCUAAGAUCCUCUGUUGGCUUCCAAGAUUUUCGUUUCGAUUUUGCUAAAGGUUAUUCUCCGAAGUAUGUGAAGGAAUAUAUCGAGGGAGCUAAGCCAAUAUUUUCGGUUGGGGAAUAUUGGGACACUUGCAACUACAAGGGCAGCUAUUUGGAUUGCAAUCAAGAUAGUCACAGGCAAAGAAUCAUCAAUUGGAUUGAUCAAACGGGGCAACUUUCAUCUGCAUUUGAUUUUACAACCAAAGCAAUCCUUCAGGAAGCAGUCAAAGGAGAAUUCUGGCGUUUGCGUGACUCUAAUGGGAAGCCACCAGGAGUUCUGGGAUGGUGGCCUUCAAGGGCUGUGACUUUUAUUGAUAAUCACGACACUGGAUCCACUCAGGCACACUGGCCUUUCCCUUCAAAUCAUAUUAUGGAGGGCUAUGCGUACAUUCUAACACAUCCAGGGAUGCCAUCAGUAUUCUAUGACCAUUUCUACGAUUGGGGUAAUUCCACGCAUGACCAAAUUGUUAAGCUGAUUGAUAUCCGGAGGCAUCAAGGCAUACACAGCCGUUCAUCUAUACAGAUUCUUGAGGCACAACCAAACUUAUAUGCUGCAACCAUUGGAGAAAAGGUUAGCAUGAAGAUCGGGGACGGAUCAUGGUGUCCUACGGGCAAGGAGUGGAAGCUUGCAACCAGUGGCUAUCGCUAUGCAGUCUGGCAGAAGUAAUAGGUAGAGCAAAGUUAUUCCCUUUCGCAAAAAUAUUAGUCUAAAUAUAUGUGUUUCAAGCCCGUGCACCUACUGCUAAUACUAGAUCCGCCUCUGGGGGCUAGGAUGGAGAGAUGAGUGUUUUUCCCAUUCAUUAGAAAUUUUAGCAUGGGAUGUAGCAUUACUAAUAAGAGUUCUUGAAUGCAAUGGAAUAAGGGAGUUUAUUAAUUCAAUUAUAGUUUUGUACGAGGGAAUAGUGUCAUUUCAUGUAACGAUAUUAAAGGUUUUUUUUGGCUC